AUGGGCUGGGCUACAACGCGUCAGGAGACUGCGACUCUUGAGUCCGACGAAACGACCGCCAUAAUCGCAGCUACACAGGGCUUCCUCACAGCAUUGAAAACAAAAUCCCGUGUCGAGUUUGAAAAACACUGCGUCCGAGCCGGGGGGAUGUCACUGUCGCCUCCGCCCCCGACUGCCCUGCGUUUCUGCACCAUCGGCUCAUUCGUUGAACACGUUGCUACGCUCAAGGAUUCUAUUGAUGAGCGAAUCUGGGAUCCUGAGGUUAAGGUCCACGAGGCUGGGAACUUGGCUGCGGUAUGGGCACCUUUUCGAGCGAAGAUCAAUGGUGUGGUCGAUCAUGUUGGUGUCGAGCUAUUUGUCUUGCAUAAUAUUGACGGCCGAUGGAAGGUUACUGGGCUGGCUGAUUCGUGUCGACUUCCGUCUGUAGAGGAAAUGCUCUUAGAGUGA